UUGAAAUGUUUCAGUUUGUGAGAUGAGGUCAAGCUAUUUAAUAGUUCUAUUGGCCUUUAUGGCCGCCGUGCCACCCCCGGAGGCGGCGGCAGCAAAAAUUUUAGGAUACUUUGGCUUCUCUUCAAAGAGCCACAACAACUUUUUCAACGCCCUGACCGUCGAGCUGGCCAACCGAGGUCACGAACUCACCGUGGUCACCGCAUACCCCAUGAAGGAGACGCCGAAGAACUAUCGGCAAAUCGACGCCAAGGUUGCCCGCGAAAUUUUCGGCGCUCAUAACGUCGUGGAGGCCAGCACAGAGGGGUUCUGGACGCGGGUAUCAAAGUGGAGAGAGUCGGCUGAAUUCUUCUUCAUCUGCAGCAAAACUUUAAAAAUUCCAGAGGUUGAAGCAUUGAAAAAUGAAAAAUUUGAUCUCCUUUUGGUGUCAAUGUUUUUCAAUGACUGCGCCUAUCCUUUUGCGUGGCUCAAUAAAGCGCCAAUGAUAUCAUUAGCCCCAACAGGAGUUGCUACUCACUUUGAAUUAGGGAUGGGAAAUCCAGAGCCCACUUCUUAUGUGCCGAACGUAUUUUUACCAUUUACAGACCACAUGAACCUUUUUGAGCGUUUUGCCAACACAAUAAUGGCUCAUUUUAUCAAUUUCAUAAGAUUUUGUUUCUUUUUCCCUGCCGUCGAAGAGGACAUUAAGGAAUUCUUUGGUCCAGACGCACCCUCCGUGAUGGAAAUGCAGAAAAACACCAGCUUGCUAAUUGUAAACGGUCACUUUAGUUUGAACUAUCCUCGGCCUUUCGUCCCUGCGAUUAUUGAAGCGGGAGGAAUGCAAAUUCAAAAAGACGUCAAACCUUUGCCAAAGGAUUUGCAAGAAUUUCUGGAUAGCGCUAAGGAUGGCGCGAUUUAUUUCUCGAUGGGCUCCAUUCUUAAGGCCAAAGACAUGCCUCUCGAUAAAGUGAAUGCCUUUGUUGAAGCUUUUGCUGAGCUCCCCCAAAAGGUGAUUUGGAAAUGGGAAGCAGAAACACUGCCGGGACAACCGAAAAACGUCAAAACGGGAGCCUGGCUUCCCCAACAGGCAAUUCUCGGACACCCAAACGUGAAACUUUUCAUCACGCACGGUGGGUUGCUGAGCACUCAGGAGGCUUCUUACUAUGGAAUGCCGUUAAUUGGAAUACCCAUGAUGGGUGACCAAAUGCUCAACGUGGCCAGGUCUCAGGGCAUGGGCUACGCCCUUCAACUUCCCUAUCAUGACAUUACCAAAGAGUCUGUUUUAAGCACGAUUAAAACUAUCCUCAGUGAACCCAGCUUCCUGAAAAAAGCAAAAGAUUUGCAAAAGCGGGUUUGGGACCAACCGCAGACGCCUCUGGAAAGAGCAGUUUUCUGGACCGAGUACGUCCUGCGCCACAAUGGGGCGCCCCAUUUACGCUCGGCGGCUGUUGAUCUUGAGUGGUACCAAGUGCAUUUGCUCGACGUGUACGCAGUGCUCGCAAUAUUUGCUGCCGUACCCCUCAUUCUGAUCCCUUGCAUUGUCAGGAAACUCUGUUGCUCAAAAAGCAAAAAUCAACAAAGUACAUCAGCAGUUACUAAGGAUAAAAAGAAAAAAUGAGAAAAACCUUGAAAUUUUGAUUAUUAAAUUGUUUUUUGAUUUUGUAACCAUUCUCAUUUACGUUUAAAUGAAUUUGGAGUUGAGUGAAAUAUAUAAACUAAAAUAAAAAUUGAAUUAAUGUGUGGAAACUAUCGAUAAUUAUUUGUAAGUUCUGUUGUUUUUGCUUCAUCAUAUGUUAUUUUGAACCUGAUUAAAUUUAUUAAAUUUAUUUCAA